AUGCAGCCGCCGCCGAGGAAGGUGAAAGUUACACAGGAACUGAAAAACAUUCAAGUUGAACAGAUGACAAAACUUCAAGCCAAACAUCAAGCAGAAUGUGAUUUGCUUGAAGAUAUGAGGACAUUCAGUCAGAAGAAGGCUGCUAUUGAAAGAGAGUAUGCACAGGGUAUCCAGAAGUUGGCUAGUCAGUAUCUGAAGAGAGAUUGGCCUGGAAUAAAAGCUGAUGAUCGGAAUGAUUACAGGAGCAUGUAUCCUGUUUGGAAAUCUUUUCUCGAGGGAACAAUGCAGGUAGCCCAGUCUCGGAUCAAUAUAUGUGAAAACUAUAAAAACUUCAUUUCUGAGCCUGCAAGGACAGUGAGAAGCCUAAAAGAACAGCAACUGAAAAGGUGUGUGGACCAGUUGACAAAGAUCCAAACUGAAUUGCAAGAGACAGUAAAAGAUUUAGCUAAAGGCAAGAAGAAAUACUUUGAGACUGAACAGAUGGCUCAUGCAGUACGAGAGAAAGCUGACAUCGAGGCAAAAUCUAAACUUAGUCUUUUUCAAUCAAGAAUCAGUUUACAGAAGGCAAGCGUAAAGUUAAAAGCCCGACGAUCUGAGUGUAAUUCCAAAGCUACCCACGCAAGGAAUGAUUAUCUUCUUACAUUAGCGGCAGCAAAUGCGCACCAGGAUCGCUACUAUCAAACAGAUUUAGUUAAUAUUAUGAAGGCUCUUGAUGGAAAUGUGUAUGACCACCUUAAGGAUUAUUUAAUAGCCUUCAGCCGGACUGAGCUAGAGACAUGCCAAGCUGUGCAAAACACAUUCCAGUUUUUAUUAGAAACCUCCAGCAAGGUGGUACGAGACUAUAAUCUUCAGCUGUUUUUACAAGAGAAUGCUGUAUUUCACAAACCCCAGCCCUUCCAGUUCCAGCCUUGUGACAGUGAUACUAGUCGACAGUUAGAAUCAGAAACAGGGACCACAGAAGAGCACAGUUUAAACAAAGAGGCUCGGAAAUGGGCCACACGUGUGGCACGGGAGCACAAAACUAUUGUUCACCAACAACGGGUUCUAGAUGAUCUGGAGUGCCAUGGAGUUUCAGUAUCAGAGCAAAACCGAACAGAGUUGGAACAGAAAAUAGAUGAAGCUAAAGAAAAUAUUCGUAAAGCAGAGAUAAUUAAGUUGAAAGCUGAAGCCCGACUGGACCUACUAAAGCAGAUUGGUGUUUCUGUCGACACAUGGCUAAAGAGUGCAAUGAACCAAGUGAUGGAAGAACUGGAAAAUGAACGAUGGGCCCGCCUUCCUGCAGUGACUAAUAAUGGAGCCUUACACUCGCUUAAUGCAGAUACUGAAAGAGAAGAAGGAGAAGAGUUUGAGGACAACAUGGAUGCUUUUGAUGACAGCAGUUCCAGCCCUUCUGGUACCUUAAGAAAUUAUCCACUCACCUGCAAAGUUGUUUAUUCCUAUAAGGCUUCUCAACCAGAUGAGUUGACCAUUGAGGAACAUGAGGUGUUAGAAGUGAUUGAAGAUGGAGAUAUGGAAGACUGGGUAAAGGCUCGAAAUAAAGUCGGCCAAGUGGGUUAUGUGCCAGAAAAGUACCUACAGUUUCCGACCUCGAACAGUCUGCUGAGCAUGCUGCAGUCCUUGGCUGCCUUGGACAGUCGGUCACACACAUCCAGCAAUUCCACGGAGGCCGAACUCGUUUCAGGCAGCCUCAACGGAGAUGCCAGUGUCUGUUUCGUGAAAGCACUUUAUGACUACGAGGGCCAGACAGAUGAUGAAUUAUCUUUUCCUGAGGGAGCAAUCAUCCGAAUCUUGAACAAAGAAAACCAGGAUGAUGAUGGCUUCUGGGAAGGAGAAUUCAGUGGGCGGAUUGGAGUUUUCCCAUCGGUGCUAGUGGAAGAACUUUCAGCCUCAGAAAAUGGUGACACUCCAUGGAUGCGAGAGAUUCAGGUCUCUCCUUCCCCCAAACCGCCCGGCUCCCUGCCUGCACUGCCGCUGUAUGACCAGCCUCCCAGCAGCCCUUACCCCAGCCCAGAUAAGAGGGGCUCCCAGUACUUUCCCCGCUCUCCUUCAGCAAACGAAAACAGCUUCCAUGCCGAAUCGCCAGGAUUCUCGCAGGCAUCCAGGCAUACUCCUGAGACCUCAUAUGGGAAGCUACGACCUGUCCGGGCAGCUCCCCCUCCUCCUACACAGAACCACCGAAGGCCCGCAGAGAAGAUCGAGGAUGUGGAAAUCACACUGGUGUGA